UAACAAGCCGACAUUACACUAUAAUGUCAUUUUAGUCUGUUUGAGUGGGGCAUGUGCGUUAAUUGCGUCAAAUAUUUUAACGUGAUUAAUUUAAAAAAUUAAUUACCGCCCGUUAACGCGAUAAUUUUGACAGCCCUAAAAAUGUUAAUCGUUUGACAGCCCUAAUUGUCACACCUCUAAUUCUGAGUGCAUGAUAGCAUACUCAGUAACUCUGCGAUGUCUGAAAUCCAAACUCCCAAAAUCAACAGGAAGUGACCUGAUCUCUACAGGAAGUAACCCUGGAAUGCCUCAAAAUCAACAGCUAAUGGCCCUUGGAAUGCCUCAUUAUCAAAAAGAAGUAACCCAAUAUCUACAAGAAGUCUGAGAGAAAUUAUUUUGGGUUACUUCCUGUUGAUUUUGGGGCAUUUCCCGGUCACUUCCUGUUAAUAUGGGUGCAUUUAUAGCAUGAACGAGCUUCAAGGUUCCUGUCAGGCACAACAACCCUGCCAGUGGGCUGUAAAUUUGACACCCUUAGUUUGCAAUGUUUGCAAGACACACGGUGAUUAGUUCAGGUUCAAUGACCCACCAAAAAAAAAAAAGUAUACCAGCACGCAUUUAAUGACACUGAAAUUGAUUUUAAUGUGAACAGAAAACAUUUUGACUGAAAUAAUUAUUCUAAAUUGCGUUAGAUUUUAAAAUCUCGCUAAAGUUUCACUGGAAUUUUGGACAAAGCCUGCCAUACAAACAAGCACGUAUCUGCAAGAACACAACGUGGCAGUGACAGCACCGCACUUGACAUUGCCUGCGGCGAGCCGAGAAGGUGUCGCUGUUAUCUGCGGGACAUUUAAGGAUUUUGUAGCGCUGACGGCGUCCUUACAAGCAUGUGACAGCUUAAAUAUUUGCGCGAGAGAGGCUUAAAAGGUGGCGCCUACCUCAGUGGGUCAUAUCAACACGGGUGUGAAAACCUGGUACAGUAAACGCCGGGGAUAGGAUAGUAGAGGAUAUGUUAAAUAGUCCUAGCUUAAGCUUUUUACGGGUUAUAUAUGGAGGCUGCAUCUUUUGCUAAGAUUGUGGGGCGACAAGUUCGCAGGGCGCUCAACACGGAACAGAGCAAUCCCCAGCUCAAGGGUAUAGUGACCAGGUUAUAUUGCAGACAGGGCUACUACUUGCAAAUGAAUCCCGAUGGCUCUCUCGAUGGCACCAAGGAUGACAACAGUAAUUCCUCUUUGUUCAACCUCAUUCCCGUGGGCCUCCGAGUCGUCGCCAUCCAGUCUGUGAAGACGGGCUUAUACAUCGCCAUGAACGGGGAGGGUCAUCUCUACACAUCAGAGCUCUUCACGGCAGAGUGCAAAUUCAAAGAGUCGGUGUUCGAGAACUACUACGUCAUCUACUCGUCCAUGUUAUACCGACAGCAGGAGUCAGGUCGGGCCUGGUUCCUCGGUCUUAAUAAGGAGGGUCAAGCCAUGAAGGGGAACCGAGUGAAGAAAACCAAACCAGCCGCUCACUUCCUGCCCAAGCCAUUAGAAGUCGCCAUGUACCGAGAGCCAUCACUGCAUGACGUCGGAGAGACGGUGCCCAAGGUGGCGGUCCCAGCCAGUAAAAGCACAAGUGAGCCUGUGGUAAUGAACGGAGGUAAACCUGUAAGCAAGCCUGACAAACCCGCCACAUAGCCACAUGUCACCUCCCCUUCUUGACUGUUUGCUGCGUGCCGGGGAGAUGGCGGCGGGCCUCUUCCCCCCUCGUCGGAGCGUCUUUCCCCGGCGGACCCGGCGGGCGAAUCUUUCCUCCGUUUCUUCUCUCUGCUCGUCCACCUUUGUCUCUGCCUCGCCCUCUCCCUUUUCCAGCUGUCUGACGGAAGGAUUCUUAGAUUGAGGCUGGGGAGGGUACCGGGAGGGUGGUAGGCGAGUUCCCCGCCGCUGGAGGACAUUAACGGACAUCUCUGAUCCUGGAAUGCCUUUAAAAAAUUCCUCUGGAACUGUGAGGUUGCAGUGUGAACGUGUGUUUUACAGCCACUUUGCUUGCUGAAGGUUCAUAUAAAAAAAAAAAUCUUUCCAAAAAAAAAUCCUUUUCCCUUCUUUAAUGCAGAGGAACCUGCAAAUAGGUACCUUGAAAUCUAUUUUCUAUACCACAGUUUCACCAGCUAUGUCCUGGGAUAACGGCUGUAUAGAUAGAGUAAAUAUGUGGACGAACGUCCUCUAUUUUUUAACGAGUAUGUUCCCCUUUUUGGUUUUUCUAGAAGCGGUCACACUUCACUUUUCGACUCGCGUAAAACGAAGACGUACAGAAACGCUAAAUGAGAGGUUCUCGACGGAGCGCUAGUUGCAACAGCUGAUGCAAUCGGUGCGACGGGGCUCUCCGUAAACACGUUAAAAGAGACGUGAGCGGGGAAAACGCCGCACAGGAACGGUGUCAACAUAUCAUACAAGUCCCACCGAGCGUAAGUUCAGCAGUCCGCCUUCUCUGGUACAGUAUAUCUAUUUUUCUUAAAGUUUUAUUUCCGAGCGUGGGCUCUAGGAAUAUCUCUCGGCCUUGUGGGCCUCCGUUGCCGACUUCUCGAACUUAUCGGCCGUCGACCUUCGGCCGAGACGGUCCGCCCGAGACCGGCAUCCGCGACAUUUUCAACAUUUAUCGGCUGCAUCUGCAAACUAAAGCAUGGGCAAGAUUGAUCUUGUGUUGUCUCUCUCUCUUGCAGCAACAGCAUAAUGUAUAUUGUAACAUUUUAAUUGUAUUAUAUUAAAAGUA